CAGGCAACUGACAAAUUUUCCCGUCAUCGAACGCACAUGUAGCUUACCCGAGUGACCUCAGAUUGUCGCAGGACCAAUGCACGCCUCUUCUGUCCAACAUUUAUGCAAGCCGGGGCAAAAGCAAUAAUUUAACGAUAAAACAUUAAAUUACUGAUUCACCCUUCCACCGAUUGAGGUACAUUUUGAGUUGUUAAUCACACCGGCUGGUAAGAGGCGCGAGAACAGUUUCCCAUGGCUGGAAUCGAAGAGCUAUCACCGGCUGUGGGCCCAGUCGAUACCCGGCCCCCAGAAGGCGAGAUCGACGAAGAUGAAGAUGAGGAGCUGGAUGAGAGUUUUAUUGAGAGGCUGUGGGGUUUGACCGAGAUGUUCCCUGAUACACUGCGUUCUGCGGCUGAGGUGACCGUAUCGAGCUCAUUCACUAUGGCCAAGAAGCUGUACAGUUUCUCCCGCGCUGCCCUGUGGGUGGGUACUACCUCGUUCAUGAUCCUGGUCCUUCCAGUGGUGUUUGAGACUGAGAGACUACAGCUGGAGCAGCAGCAGCUACAGCAGCAGAGACAGAUCCUGUUGGGACCCAACGCAGGGAUGUCAGGUGGGAUGCCAGGGAUGAUGCCUCCAGCUCCAGUGAAAAUGUGAUGAAGAUGUCAUUCAGACAGCCUUAGAGCUUUAACCAACGGGGGAAAGGGGAGGCUUUCGGAAGGAGAGAGUGAGACAAAGAAGAGGGAGGAAGAGAAUACAAAGCUGCAUCUGGUCAGCACACAUGCUCAUUCCAACAUCCAGGAUUGGUCAUUUUAGGAGGUUGAGGAGGAGGAUGAUGUCACGUCCUGGGUGUUGCAAUAAUGAACGUCCCUCUUGCUGUCUCUCUUACUCAACAUCCUGCAGAGACUGACUUCUGAGCACUGUCCUUUUAAUUAAUUUCUUUUUUUAUAUGUAUAGCGAUAUAAAUAUGUAUGUGUUCCACAGAGUUUGGACCAGGUAGAUAAUUGAAGAAAUUGGGAUAUUAGUGCGGUUAUAAGAGGUUACCAAGAGUGUGUGUGUGGUCUGAAGAACAAUGUUUUAAUGUGGGUGUGUAGCUACAUUUGGCCUCAACUAUUGUUACCUGUGUUUGGUUUGGGACCGUGUUCAUUCCACUUGUAAGUGGGAAAAUCAUGGUAGACUAGACAUGACUGUCAUCAUAGAUCUGUCAUAGUCACAGCUGGUCAUUGAGAUCUAUAGUGUCUGCUGAUUUUCGUUGUACCUCUACAACAAGAACAGGCUUACACUAGAGAAGCCAGGUAAGGUGACCAUGCCCAUUGAGUUGGUGACUUCUUGGAAUAUGCAUCUACUCAGAUGCAACAAAAGCCAGCAGGCCACAAGACUCUGCAAAGACUAAGCCAUAGAUAGGGUGUUAAAAUGUUCUUUGUUGUGAGUGUUAAAAUUCCCAUUGAACAACUGCACAGGGAUACCCAUUUGAAAAAGUGUUUGUGAUCAGAGAAUGUCUGUCACGUGUUGCUUGAGACUUGGUUUCAUUUGGGCAUUAAAGCCAAUCCAUCACAAAAUAUGCAUCACAAGUAUAUUUUGUUAAGAUUCAAACAGCAUUUUCCCUACAUACAGUAUAAAUCUGUAAAUAUAUUAUGUCAAUGUACACAUAGUCCUGUCAAGCCUGAGAGAAUGUCAGUUACUUUUCUCUGUCACUCCCUAUGGAAUUUAUGGUCUCUUACCUCAGCUUCCAGAGCUAAUUCUACGUCUGUGUUUUCGACAUGAUUGCAGGAAUAAAAACACCAACGAAAUGGACAUUAA